AUGAAUGUUUUAUCGAUAUCUUUCGCUUUUACUAGCAUAAUAAGUGCCAUGGCGCUGAAGCCCAUACUAGAAACUAACAGACAACCAUACACAGUAAUUAAUGUGGCUCAAGAAUCUGAUCCCGAACAAUUUGAAUCAGUGAAAAGGAAUGAUUUUGAGAAAUUUAAACUAAAUUCGCUAAUUUCUGCGUCGUUGCAAAAUGUUAUGGAAUCGCAAAACUUAUUGAAUGCGGCUCUUGAGUAA